AUUUUUGCUAUAAACUAGCUGAGGGAAGGCCGGACCAGAAGGGCGGAGAUAGCUCGGCUCUUGACUUUGUUAGGUAGAUCGAUGCUCGCUCUCUCUCUCUCUUCUUCCUCUUCACCACCUGUCCUUCCCCUCUCUCUUCACACCUCUCUGUCCAGUGUCCACAAAUUCCCCCAAAAUUCAAAAUUUCCAUGUUCAAAAAGAAACCAAGAAGCCGACUCGCUUCCUCUUGCUUUCCUCAUCUUCCUUUUACUCUUUCUCUCGGUAUCUGCCAAUUCUGAGCCUGUUUAGCCGUCACUUAGCUGCGUUUCUCUUUUAAACUCGUGACAUUUGAUGAGCGCUCGAGGGAGAGUGACACUUUCGAUGAGUGCUUGAGGGACAGUAAUACUUUUGAAGCAUAAUUCAGUUAUUCCUCCUUAUCAUGUCUGAUCCAGCUGUAAAACCAGAUAAUGGUAAGGACAAUGUUCCUGAAAAGUGUGUUCAGUCCUGCCAAUCUAUUUGGAUGCCUCACUGGGCCAACACAAGUCACAGGUCAUUGAGUGAUGUCCAUAAUCAAUUAUCACAUCAUUAUGAAUCUGGGGAGGACAGUCACAGAGCUGAGCAUCAUCAUUCACCUGGUGGGCUAGAGAUGGAAACAGACAGCUCUAAAUUUGUGAAAGAAUUCAGAGAAGUGCAUAACAAGGCCUUUAUGAAUGAGAGCUCCGGAAGAAGUUUGAAAAAAUUGAGACAUGAGACAUUCAAAGGCCAGCAUUUUCCAAUGUUCAAAUCUUCUCAAAAUAGAGGGAAUAUUUUAUUCCUGAAUAAUGUUGAUUCCUCUACACAUCAUGAAGGAGGCUUAAGGUCACAAAUUCGUCCUACCCCUGGAUGUGAUUUUACUCUAGGUAUAACUGAUAAUCGUCUACCCUCAAUGCUUGAGUCGAUUCCUUACAAAAUAGACACUCAACAGAUAGAAUCUCAUUUUGAGUUUGGGGGCACUACAUCAAAUCCAGAGCAGCAGGUCAGGUCCAAUAAAUUGCUUGAAAAUAAUGGAAUACAAUUUUCAGUACCUCUUAAGGAUGAAGUUUUGGGGUCAACUUCUAGAGUUAUGCCAUCUGAAUUGAACAAUGGAGGCACACCAACUGAGUCCUUCUUCCACAGGCAAGAUUACACUGAUCAACCCAGCAGUACCUUUUUUGUUGAUGAGAAGAAAAUGAAUAGCAAUGCAGCUCUACCAAGGCAUAAUUCCUCAACUAGUGAUAAUCACCUAAGAGACUUUGUUGGUGAACAAUUUCAGAAUAUGUCAAAUAAUUCUGAUUGUAAGUUAUUCCCUAAUCAGAUCAAGCCCCCAGAGGCAAGAUUGUAUCAUCGGUCUUGUGAACCAUCUAGAAUUCCCUCUUUUGUUCAUGAUGUGAAGACUAUGAACAUAUUUACCACUAUAGACUCUGUAAAAGAGUUCUGCAGAGGUCCUUCAAAGUUGUCACAAACUACUCACUUCUUGUUCACCAAAAAGACCGAUGUAAACUUACCUGAUGGAAGUCAAAUAUUCAGAGAAUCCAUGAUAUCCACCAAAAAUGAAGGUAGACCAAUGAAUGAAUUCCUCAACUUAUCUCCAGAUUUUGGUUUGAAUGUUAAACAAGGAGUGAAACUGCAAACACUGGACAGCUCUGCAGAUAAUGAAGGAAAAGAAAACAUCAACAGUGUCCAUAUUUCGGCAGUUGAUCUAAAGAAUGAAUCAUCAACUGAAACUGAUACCAUGGACAUGGAUACUCUUCAGGAUAACCGUCUAUUUGGCGUGGCUUCGUCCCUCUCUAAUAAGGACAUUGAGGGGGCCCAGAAGUCACCAACAUCUCAUGCUGCAAUAACUUCAGACAAAGAAGAGAGUAGAGGCAGACUGCCUAGUGUAGAGCUACCUGAUAUUAACCAGGAACUUCCUGUGAUCUCAGGAGGGCCAAAUUCAGCUGAUGCUGCAGAGAUGAGCACCUCCAGAACCCAGAGUUUAGACGUGGAGCACUUCCUUUCCUAUUCUGAACUUUCCACAAAUUCAAAACCUAGCGCUUCUGCUGAUGGUCCACUGGGAUUAGAUCCAUAUAGCAGAUGGGUUAAACGUCUCAAACCAAGUGCUUCAGAGUCUUUUGCUCAUGGUACUAAGAGCUCAAAAAUGGGAGAACCCUCUUCCCAUGAAAAAGUGAACAAGUUCUUCAGCAAAAUACUUAAUUGUAGAAAAACUGGUGCAGAUCCCAAGGUUGGCAAGGCUUAUGGUGAAAAACAGAUGGUGAUAGAUCAUACUGCAGAAUUAACAAGGAAUGCUGAAUCCUCUUCCACUGACUCAGCGAGGAAAAGUCAAGACAUAACACUUUCUCAUGCUUGGAUCCAAAGAUGGUGUCAUAACACAGCUUCAUCUUCCAAAAAGAAGCCUGAAGGUCUGGUGAUUUGUCAACCUCAGACUUCAAAGGCAACAGUAGACAACUUCCAGAAGAAGCAAUAUCCAAGCAUUGCUGCUUUGGCUUUGAUGGGUAAGUCCAUGACUGGUUUUCGUCCGUGUGAAUUCAGGAAAAGAGGGUCCUUUGUAGUUUGGAAUACCAAAGGAUUGGGGUAGCUGGUCCUGAGCAAUUAAUGCCAGGAAUGAAAAAGUUGACCUAGCUGUCUCCAGGAUGGCAUUGGUUCUAUCGGUGCCUGAUACUAUUUCUGUAUUUCAACAAAAGGAAUAAAUCUAUGGCUAUCAAGCACCUGUAAGAUCAGUGGAGGAUAUGGAAGUUUAUGUUGCCUGAUUGUUGCUCCGGUAAGCACCCUGCUUGAAUUUGCUCCCCCCUUUUGGCCCUUUUUUUGUCAUUUCCCCUCCACUGUGGACACAAUAGUAAUAUAGUAUUUGAAUGGGCAAUUUGAUAAAGAUUUGGUGGAGGCAUUGUUUCUUGGAGGUUGAAAGGACCAAUGUCAGUCUAUGACUUCAUAUUGUAAAUGUAACAGCACUUGGCUAUGCUGCAAGUGUACGCACUUUAUCCUCCAUAUUUACUGCAAAUGGAGCUUGAGCAAAGCCUGGGAUCAAGAAAAAACAUAUAAAUAUACAGAAUAUAGCAGCACAUAUUUCUUUAGACUUCGAUGCAUAAAGUAUCACAAAGAAUAAUUCAUUGCCAGGCAAUAUAGCAGGCAAGCUUGCCAAGUUUAGCGAGUCAGAUUCACACCAGAAUUUCAAACUAUGGCCUUUGGUUUUGUAUAUUGUGCUAUGAUGCGUUUUACAUUAUUAGAGAAUGAUCCAAACAUUAUGAGCUACUUUGAAGCAGGCAGCAGAUUUGUGGCGUUUAUCCUGAAAGCCGUAGGAAGGAGAAAAAUGGAAACGCCAUAUCCAUUAGUUGUAAAUGGAGGGAUGUCCAACAUGAGUAAAGGAGAAAAAGAACUAACCAUAAGAAACAAUUUUCCUUUCAAUAUUAUGAUACAUUUUUAGAAUUCUUGAAAAUUAUUUGUUUAUUAAUUUGCUUACUGUUUCUCUAU